AUGGAAUGUUUUUAUGGUGCAUGUGAUAGAGAAGCGAGUGAAAAAAUUUUAAAAGAAAAUUAUCAUAUAAGUAUGUAUCAUAAUCAAAAUGGCAUCUAUUUAAUGAGACAAUCGAGACGUGAUGAGAACGAAUUUGUAUUAUCAUUAAUUAAAGAUCGACACUGUCAUCACUAUCGAUGCCAUCAUGUAGGAAAUGGAACAUUUUUGGACGAAAAAACGGAUUCAACCUUUUAUUCUCUCGAAGAAUUAAUUAAAUUUUAUAAAACUGAUGGUGCCAAGUAUUUAAAAUGUCCUUUAAGUACUCCAGUACGCGGACAACCACUACCUCCAUUCGCGCAACGUCGUGGUCAAUCUACUGUGUUACAUCAAGCGGCAACAGAAGGUCAACGAGAUUUAAUAGCACAAAUUUUAAAUGAUCCACUUUGUCCUGAUAUUCAUUCAAAAAAUGAAGAAGGUAACACACCGUUACAUGAAGCAUCAUUUUUUGGACGCGAAGAUGCAGUUAAAGAAUUAUUGAAUGCAGGUGCUAGUUCGAAAUUUGUUAACAAACUUGGUUGGACAUCAUUACAUCAAGCAGCUCUUGGCAACUGUCCAACAAUCAUUGAAUUGCUUGUUACGCGUGGACAGGCCGAUGUUGACUGUCGAAAUCCAUUCAAUUUUUAUGCACCUAUACAUUGUGCUGCUGCAUGCAAUAAUAUAGAAUCAGUUAUGAGUUUAUUGAAUUAUGAGUCACCUCUACGACCGUUGACUGAAGCUCUAGAAACUCCUUAUGAUUUAGCGGUUAAACAUCAGGCACGUGAAUGUGCUGUAAAACUAUCUGAACUACGAGUCAAGCCUGCAUUAUCAAAUCGUUCAAUGUACUAUCAUGGUUCAUUGACAUAUAAACAAAUGCAAGCUAUAUUAAAUUAUUUCAAAAAAAGUGAUGGUUAUUUUUUUGUACGACAAAGCUUAACUGCACAGGAUGAUUACGCUAUUUCUCUUAUAUGGAAAAAUACUUUAGUGCACUUGAAAAUACAUAGAAAAGACAAUCAUUCUUAUUAUUUCGAUGAUCAGUUACAGUUUUAUGAUAGUCUUGAACAUGCUGUUGAUAGUUUUAUGAAAACAUUCAGACACGUUGUCAAACCAUUAUCUCCGGAGGAACAUUUAUUGAAUCCACUAGUGAAUAAAAAAGUUGUCGUUAUACAACUUGAACAACUGACCUUUGGAAGACUACUUGGCGAGGGUAAUUUUGGUAUAGUAUACGAAGGAACUUAUCAAGAGCACCAUGGUAAAAUUGUUCCUGUUGCCAUAAAAACUCUUAAAGAUAUGGACGUGAAAGCUUAUGAAGAAAUGAAAAAAGAAGCAUUUGUUAUGAAAGAAUUAACGCAUCCAUGCAUUGUACGUCUCUAUGGUAUAGCAAAUUCAAAACAACGUAAUUCUCUUGUCAUGAUUAAUCAUGGCAUGGCAUACAUGGAACAAAAGCAUUUUGUUCAUCGUGAUUUGGCCGCUCGAAAUAUUCUUAUGCAGUCACAGACACGAGUAAAAAUUGCUGAUUUUGGACUAUCUCGACAAACGUCCGAGAAUCAUUACUAUAUUCAACGAAGUGAUACUCCAGUACCAGUUGCUUGGCAAGUUCAGCUCGAUGGGCAUUAA